GGGUCUGGGCCCGCGGCCGCUUCUCCCCGUCCGCGCGCAGCCGCGCCGCGUCCCAGGCCCGAGGCUCCGGCCGAGCGCGGCGCCAUGGCGGGCGCGGCCCUGAAGCGGCACGCGGCGGCGGCGCCGGCGGCCGGGGAGGAGGAGCGGCAGGCGCGCGAGCGGAUGCUGGCGGCGCGGCGCGCGGGCGGCGCGGCGGGGGACGCGGGUGUGAGCCUGCAGCGCUCCCUCACGCUGCUCAACGGCGUGGCCAUCAUCGUGGGCACCAUCAUCGGCUCGGGCAUCUUCGUGACGCCCACCGGCGUGCUCAAGGAGGCGGGCUCGCCGGGGCUGGCGCUGGUGGUGUGGGCCGCGUGCGGCGUCUUCUCCAUCGUGGGCGCGCUCUGCUACGCCGAGCUGGGCACCACCAUCUCCAAGUCGGGCGGCGACUACGCCUACAUGCUGGAGGUCUACGGCUCGCUGCCCGCCUUCCUCAAGCUCUGGAUCGAGCUGCUCAUCAUCCGGCCCUCCUCGCAGUACAUCGUGGCGCUCGUCUUCGCCACCUACCUGCUCAAGCCGCUCUUCCCCACCUGCCCGGUGCCCGAGGAGGCCGCCAAGCUCGUGGCCUGCCUCUGCGUGUUGCUGCUCACGGCUGUGAACUGCUACAGCGUGAAGGCCGCCACCCGCGUCCAGGACGCCUUCGCUGCCGCCAAGCUCCUGGCGCUGGCCCUGAUCAUCCUGCUGGGCUUCGUGCAGAUCGGGAGGGGGGACGUGUCAAAUCUGGAUCCCAAGUUCUCAUUUGAAGGCACCAAGUUGGACGUGGGGAACAUUGUGUUGGCGUUAUACAGCGGCCUCUUUGCCUAUGGAGGAUGGAAUUACUUGAAUUUUGUCACAGAGGAGAUGAUAAACCCCUACAGAAACCUGCCCUUGGCCAUCAUCAUCUCCAUGCCCAUCGUCACGCUGGUGUACGUGCUGACAAACCUGGCCUACUUCACCACACUGUCCCCCGAGCAGAUGCUGAAGUCGGAGGCCGUGGCCGUGGACUUCGGGAUCUAUCACCUGGGGGUCAUGUCCUGGAUCAUCCCUGUCUUUGUGGGCUUGUCCUGCUUCGGCUCCGUCAACGGGUCCCUCUUCACAUCCUCGAGGCUGUUCUUCGUGGGGUCCCGGGAGGGCCACCUGCCCUCCAUCCUCUCCAUGAUCCACCCGCGGCUCCUGACCCCCGUGCCCUCCCUCGUGUUCACGUGCGUCAUGACCCUGCUCUACGCCUUCUCCAAAGACAUCUUCUCCGUCAUCAACUUCUUCAGCUUCUUCAACUGGCUGUGCGUGGCACUGGCCAUCGUCGGCUUGAUCUGGCUGCGUUUCAAGAAGCCCGAGCUGGAGCGGCCCAUCAAGGUGAACCUGCUCCUGCCGGUGUUCUUCACCCUCGCCUGCCUCUUCCUCAUCGCCGUGUCCUUCUGGAAGACGCCCGUGGAGUGCGGCAUUGGCUUCGCCAUCAUCCUCAGCGGCCUGCCCGUGUACUUCGUUGGCGUCUGCUGGAAGGACAAGCCCAAGUGGCUCCUGCAGGGCAUCUUUUCCACCACCGUCCUCUGCCAGAAGCUCAUGGAGGUGGUCCCCCAGGAGACGUAAGCAAGACACGGGGCGCUGCAGGGGAGCAAACACACGAACCUCAUUCUGAAACACCCACCCCUUGGCAAGCAACUCCGGUGCCCCCUCAUGCAGACAGCCGUGCCGAGUGCUGCCCGUGCCCCCGCCGCCCCGGCGAGCAGGCGCCGUACGAGUCCCGUCCUGGGGGAGCAGGCAGACGGCGGAAGGGCCUGUUUCCGACGAGCGGAUGGACUUUUAUUUUAUUUUGUUUUUGGGUCUUUUCCUUCCCACCCUAGUUUAUUUGUAUUAUUUUUAUAACUUGAAUUUUGGGUUAGGUAGAUGCCACGAGGGUGAUUAGUUUUAGAGCGAUGGGUGAGGGUGGGGUGGGGAGAGAGGGGUCGUCUCUCCCCCCACUGCCUGAGCACACUGGGCCUCUGGAAGGCACCGAGCCGCCGCCCCUCGGGGGGCAGAUUCCAGGACACUCCAGCCCCCCACGAGCAACACUACUGAGCCCCGGGGCCUUGCUGUUUGCGGCAGACGCCCCACACCCCGGCUGCUAACCCGUGGGGUCGGGCGAUAUGCGUGUGUUUUAUUUUCUUAUUUUUUGUUAUAAACGUAGUGACCUGAGUUAAAGUGAA